AAAUGCCUGAAAAGGCUACAGAUAGUGACAAAUAGGGUGACCUAGUAAGACGGGCCUUAUGGCGUGCUCAAGCAGUAGAAUAUCGCUCCUUGCAGCAAGGAUUACUUUUACAAAGACUGCUGGCCAGUCUUUUGCCAGGAACCAACAAUGUUAUUUCUGCAGUGGAGCACCAGACCAUGGGAAAACAACACCAUUAAGAAAAACCACAAAAUUAAAGACAAUGCUGCAGUCAUCAGAGUUGGAAUUCUUAAUGGAAGCACAUAAUGGCCUCACUGCUAAAGUGGUACAGGAAACAGGCUUUAAGGGCAUUUGGGCAAGCGGACUUUCCAUUUCUGCUCAGUGGUGCAUCAGAGACAGCAAUGAAGCCUCGUGGACCCAAGUUCUUGACUUGAUAGAAUUCAUGAGUGAUGCGACAGACAUACCAAUCUUGCUUGACGCUGACACUGGCUAUGGCAACUUUAAUAAUGCAAGGAGACUAGUUCAGAAGUUGGAAUCUAGGGCAAUAGCAGGUGCCUGCAUGGAAGACAAGGUCUUUCCAAAGACAAACUCACUUCAUGAAGGUAGAAUGCAACCACUGGCAGAUAUGGAAGAAUUUGCAUUAAAAAUUAAGGCUUGUAAAGAAGUCCAAAAAGAUCCAGACUUUUGCAUAGUGGCCAGAGUAGAAGCUUUUAUUGCAGGCUGGGGACUAGAUGAGGCACUCCGCAGGGCAGAAACCUACAGAAAUGCAGGGGCUGAUGCCAUCUUGAUGCACAGUAAGAAGAAAGAUCCAUCAGAAAUUGAAGCUUUCAUGAGGGCAUGGAAAAAUCAGGGUCCAGUCGUGAUUGUACCAACCAACUAUUACAGCACAUCCACUGACUAUUUUAAUGACUUGGGCAUUUCUAUGGUCAUAUGGGCUAAUCACAAUUUAAGAGCAGCAUUAACUGCGAUAAAACACACAUCGCAGCAGAUUUAUGAAGAGAAGUCAUUGAAAAAUGUAGAGCAAAAGAUUGCAUCUGUGAAAGACAUCUUCAAACUUCAAAAUGAAGAUGAGCUAGUGGAGGCUGAAAAAAAGUACCUUCCUGCCCUUCCAAAAGGACAGCUGUAACAAACAGUAAUUGUUUGCCUAUCCAUGAUAAAUCCAUGUGGUUAUUAUUAAAUCAUAUGAAGCAGAAGUACAGAUUAAGAUGAAUACAUUUGUUAAGUUUACAGUAUAGGUCAGUAGGUAGCAUUUGGAGGACAACGUGCCAGUCAUGAUGAAAACCCCUUUCUCUCUAUAUAUAUAUAGUCAUAGAAGAAGUUUAAAGUUUUUUCAUUGUAACGUAUGCAUCCACCUGGGUGGAUGAAAAUGACAAUAUAAUGUAAUUUUAAAUGAGUACACAUUAAACCAAUUAGAAGGUGUAUGACUCCUAACUUAUUAAAGACAAUUGUUUAAGGCAAUUUACUAUUACUACUACUCAAUUGCCAAUAGGUGCAGCACUGUCUUCUAGAUCGCUCUUAGCAAAAGCAAAAGGAGAGAAACUUAGCUAAUGCAAUGAGUGUUUCUUCCUCUUUGGAUUUCAGUAAACUUCAUCAAUUGUUCUGAGGCCAAAGUUUGCAUAAUGUGUUGUAAAUACCGGAUACAAUAUAGUUUGCAUAGGGGGCACAUUCUGAGAAAGUGUUUUUCCUCGUCAGUUUUGUCUUUAGAGCAGUAACAGCAUGUUCUGUUGGACCAAGGAGUGCUAGUAUAUCUGCCCGUUUCAAUGUGGAGCUUAUGUGCACUGGUGCAAAAACAACUUAGGCUUUUUCUAUUUUCAGCAUUGUGAACAACAUCCAGAAAAUUUUCUUUUUUAAAUGUAUUUUUGAUUUGGCAAUAGAUUUAGAUUUGUCCUCAAGUUCACUGUGCCAGUUUUGUAUGAUGCGUUUUUUUGAAGGUGCUUAAGAAGUUUUUGUGUGGAUUCUGUUCUAACCAGAUGCAUGCAUCUCCAAAUUCAUUUUCAAAUAGGAGUUUCAUGAUACCUUCACUGCAUGAGAGGUUAUCAUCUUUCAGAUUUGACAAGCUUUUUGUUGAGAGUAAUUUGAGAGUCAUACGAGUGGGUUAAUGUCUUUCCUUUCAGUGAUUUUUCAGCCUCUAGCUAUACUAGGCAAUUAUUUUAAAAAAAUGUGGAUGGGGCUAUUGGCGUACAUUUAGGACACAUUCAGAUUCACACAUACUAGCUGGGGCAGUCCAACUAUGUGGGGGGAUUAUCGCCAAAAUGCAAUCAAUGGAAUCAGCUUAAUCAAAACAUAAUAGUUAAUCACCCCCUAGCUGCUCAGACAAUUACGUAAGCUGAUUCCAGUGAUUGCGGAGUUGGAAUAGCCCAUCUAGUAUGUGAAUCUGAAUAAGUUGUUAGAUCAUUGGAUUGGAAUAUCUGUAAUUGAAGAGCGCUUUAUCUUUUAAAAAGCGGCUUGAAAAAAUUUAGCUGAUACAGUGCACAUUUUUUUAAAUACUUAUGUACACAAUGACCUAUGAAUCACAAAAGGGCUCAUAAACCAUUUUCUGUGAAUUGUAAUGAGGUUUAUCAUUAAUAUUUAUUCAAAUAACAUGUAAUUCUAAUUAUGAUGAUUGAUUUUAAUUGAGGUUGUAGACCAACCAUUGAAUCUUAUUUUUCAUUGGGUCUAUCAUCUACAGUGAGCACAAAAUUUUUAAGAUUCUAUUAAAAUACAAUUUUUUAGAAAAGCUAUGAAGAUGGAAGACAAUUACCAGAGUGCUUGCUUUUCUUUCAGAUAUGUUAAUUUGUUACAUUAGAUAUAAUGGUAAUAAUACAUUCAUCAUAUUCUUUUCCAUAUUUGCAAAAGAAUUUAUAUUUUCUUGUUAUUUGUUGGUUUCCAAGUUUUUAUUUUAUGAGACAUUUCCAAUAGAAGAUGUUUGUAUUUAUAGUACAUGUACCCUGGUAGCAAAUAGUUAGCUUGAUAAAAAUGUCUACUCAGUCUGAAGAUUUAACAAUUUUCUAUCAAGAGUUUGCAAAAAUAAAUAACAGUAUGUACAUUUGGGAGGAUAAAAACUUACACAGCAUUUCAGGGUAAAAAAUAAAACAAAAGAAACUACAGUUUGCCAUAAGAUUCAUCUUGAGAGUCAAUUUAUUUUGAGAACAAAGAAGAAAAUGAUGAUUAUAUUAGAUAACCAUUUUAAUUGAAAGUCUUGAAAGUUUGAGGAAGUGACUUUUUCCUUGGUA